CUGGCCUUCUUCUCGCGCCAUCGCCUCCAUCCGACGACGUCAGAGAACCACUACUCGUCAUGCCGCCGAUGAACCCCGGGACAAAGUAUGCGCCCUACGAGCCGGUGAACCUGCCCAACCGGCAAUGGCCCAGCAAGGUGCAGCGGACCGCGCCCAUCUGGACCUCGGUCGACCUCCGCGACGGCAACCAGGCCCUGAUCAACCCCAUGUCGCAGCAGCAGAAGCUCCGCUUCUUCCAGCUCCUCGUCCACGUCGGCUUCAAGGAGAUCGAAGUGGCCUUUCCCUCGUCGAGCGACACCGACUUUGGCUUCGUCAGGACCAUCAUUGAGCAAAAAAUGAUCCCCGACGAUGUUUGGAUCCAGGUCCUGACGCCUGCGAGAGAAGAGCUGAUCCGCAGGACGUUUGAGUCCGUCAAGGGGGCAAAGAAUGUCAUCAUGCACAUGUACAACGCCACCUCGCCCCUCUUCCGAAACGUCGUCUUUGGCAACUCGCAGGAGCAGACCAUCGAUUUGGCCGUGCAGCACACCAAGCUCGUCACCAAGCUCAUGGACGAGUACAGCAAGCCAGAGAACGGCGGCACCAACUUCCGCUACGAGUACAGCCCAGAGACAUACACGCAGACGGAGCUCGACUUUGCUGUCCGCCUGUGCGAGCAGGUCCGGGUCGCUUACGGGAAGGCCUCUUCGACCAACAAAAUCAUCUUCAAUCUGCCCGCCACCGUUGAGAUUGGCCCGCCAAAUCACUAUGCCGAUCAGAUCGAGUAUUUCUGCAACAACAUCACCAAGCGCGAGGAGAUUACAGUCUCGCUGCACCCGCACAAUGACCGAGGCUGCGCCGUCGCUGCUGCCGAGAUGGGUCUGCUUGCUGGUGGAGACCGGAUCGAAGGGUGUCUCCUUGGUAAUGGCGAGAGGACGGGCAACGUCGACAUUGUCACGCUCGCCCUCAACCAGUUCUGCCAGGGUAUCCAGCCAGGGCCUCUCGACCUGAGCGACAUCCAGUCCGUCGUCGACGUCGUGUCCAACUGCAACGACAUUCCCGUGCAUCCUCGUCACCCUUACGCUGGAGAGCUCGUCUUUACCGCCUUUUCUGGCUCACACCAGGAUGCCAUCAAAAAGGGCUUCCACGCACAGGCCCAGCGCAAGGAGAAGGGCGACCACGUCUGGUCCAUCCCUUACCUUCCCAUCGACCCGGCCGACCUGGGCGCGACAUACGAGGCUGUCAUCCGCGUCAACUCGCAGUCAGGAAAGGGCGGUGUUGCCUACCUCGUUGCUCAGUCCCUCGGCCUCGACCUGCCGCGGCGCAUGCAAGUGGCCUUCUACCAGGUCAUCCAGGAGGUCGCCGACCGCACUGGUCGUGAGAUGACGACCGACGAUAUCACUCGGGCCUUUACCCAGACAUACCACGUUCCUUCCCUGGCCCUGGGCAAGAACGAGGGCUCGAUGGUGCUCAAGAGCUUCCGCAUCACCGACGAUGCCCCUCCCGGCCUCAAUGGCGAUGCUGCUGCAGCCAACGGCGGCACUGAAACACCCCGGUAUGUGCGCUUCAACGGUGUCGUUGCCCGCAACGGCAAACCGCACGACAUUGAGGGCCGGGGCAACGGUCCUCUCUCGGCCCUCCUCGAUGCUCUCGAUGCCGCCUUUGGCAUCAGCGCAAACGUCCGCGAGUACAGCGAGCACGUCAUCGACCGUCCGGGUGUCUUCGCUCCGGCUGCGCCCGGUGCCACCAAGACAAAGGCGCAAGCUGCUGCCUACGUCGAGCUCGUUGAUGCUUCGCCAAAAGCCGUCGCGGAGGCCCAGAGCGCAACAACAAAUGGAGGAGGCGCUGUCAGGCAAGAAGGCUGGUGGGGCGUGGGCAUCGAUGUCGACAUCACCGCCAGCACCCUCAAGGCCGUCCUCUCAGCGGCGUGCAACCUCGAGUCCAAGACGGCCGUCGAGAUUGCCACAAAAGCAGUCGAGCAGAAGUGAUUUACCAUGUCUAAUUCGCAUUUGAAUCCAUAGCCCGAUUGCAUCGUCUGAAAUG